UUCUCGAGCGCUCAUUUCACCCUGCUCCUCUACAUCUGCUCCAAUGAAUGGCAUCUUUCUCGACAUCACGUAAACGCCGACUGGGGGAGCGAGAGCGUCUUACUCUGGUGUUCGCUUCGGAUGGAGCAGGCUAAAAAAAAUAUACCCCGUUGAUUAUUUAUUUAUAGAUUUUUACACACUGUAGGUUGCAGCAGGCUACAUCUGAUCGUUUUACAAAACGGCCCGGUGUCCAGCCGUAUGAAUAAAGGACAGCAUCUUUACACCCCCCUUUGUCGAUGACAGGGACUCACAAUUCAAACAACAUGAAAUAAUUCCAUUGCACGAAGGAACUAAAGCCUGGAAAGACAGCAUGAAGUUACAAAUCUCCGGUCUUUUGCUCGUUAUCGCAGUAGCCUAUGCAACGAUAGAGGCUCCUGAGGAGUUUGUCUCAUUGGCUGAGAUGGAGGACACUUUGUUGAGGAAUCUUUUUCGGGGUUAUCAGAAGUGGGUGAGACCUGUCCUUCAUGCCAACGACACGAUUACUGUUCGCUUCGGUUUGAAGAUUUCCCAGCUGGUGGAUGUGGAUGAAAAGAAUCAACUAAUGACUACAAAUGUCUGGUUGUGGCAGGAGUGGACAGACUAUAAGCUUCGUUGGAAUCCAGAAGAUUAUGGUGGAAUCACAUCCAUCAGAGUGCCCUCAGAAACUAUCUGGCUACCAGACAUUGUCCUUUAUGAGAAUGCUGAUGGCCGGUUUGAAGGGUCUCUAAUGACCAAAGCCAUUGUAAGGUUUAAUGGUACCAUCAUGUGGACUCCUCCUGCCAGCUAUAAAUCCUCCUGUACCAUGGAUGUCACCUUUUUCCCCUUCGACAGGCAGAACUGCUCAAUGAAGUUUGGAUCAUGGACAUACGAUGGCACUAUGGUGGACCUGACCCUGCUAGAUGCAUACGUAGACCGUAAAGACUUCUUUGACAAUGGCGAAUGGGAAAUACUGAAUGCCACGGGGCAAAGGGGCAGUCGGCGUGAUGGCAUUUACUCCUAUCCCUAUGUCACAUAUUCAUUCAUAAUGAAGCGUCUCCCUCUCUUUUACACUCUCUUUCUCAUCAUCCCAUGUCUCGGUCUGUCAUUUCUCACCGUGCUGGUCUUCUACCUUCCCUCGGAUGAAGGAGAAAAGCUUUCCCUCUCCACCUCCGUUCUUGUGUCUCUCACUGUGUUUCUUCUUGUCAUUGAAGAGAUCAUCCCAUCUUCCUCUAAAGUCAUUCCUCUGAUAGGAGAGUAUCUGCUUUUUAUCAUGAUCUUCGUCACAUUCUCAAUCAUUGUAACUGUCUUUGUCAUCAAUGUCCAUCACCGAUCUUCUGCCACAUACCAUCCCAUGGCACCGUGGGUUAAGAGUCUUUUCCUCCAGAGAUUACCCAGACUGCUCUGCAUGAGGGGGCACACUGAUCGCUAUCAGUACCCAGACAUCGAGCUGCGAAGCCCAGAGCUAAAACGAGGGAUGAAAAAAGGGCAACAGAAGAGUGCCGGAGUUGGACGAGGGGGGUUAAAGGAAGAUGAGAACCAGGCCUGGAUUGCCCUGUUGGAGAAAGCCACUCACUCAGUGCACUACAUUUCCAGACACAUCAAGAAGGAACACUUCAUCAGAGAGGUCGUUCAGGACUGGAAAUUUGUGGCUCAGGUGUUGGACCGGAUCUUCCUAUGGGCCUUUCUCACAGUUUCUGUGCUUGGGACCAUCCUCAUAUUUACCCCGGCUCUGCGGAUGUACCUCAGCACACCUUAAAAACCCAUAAGAAUUCAGCCUACCAAAUCUCCUUAACCCAAAACAACAUUCUUAUGACCCCUUUGGAAUUGAUGUAGUUCCCACAACAUUACAGUAAUCCCUCUAAAAGUCAUUUUCCUUUUCCACAUCUGUAAUCCGCUCCAAAUUCAGCUUCUCUCUCUCCCUCCUAGAUGCUGUGUUCAAUAGUUUGACUAAAAAUAGCAAAUGAAGUUUAGGAAUCUGCCCAUUUAACACAUAACUAAAAGGCAGCUUAUACAGUUAGAGGAGUUUGGAUCUGUGUAAUCUCUCUGAGGGGAUCAUGGUUUUAAAGAUCUUCAAUUAUUUGACUUUAAUGUGACUUUUCAUUUUUCAUUUCAGAUUUAUUUAUAUUUAAAAUAAUUUAUAAAAAUAAUUUAUAAAAUAUUUUUACGGGUUUAAUGUUUCAACUGUCCAUGUAAGUAAUAUUUUACAGGUAAAAAACCUAUUCACUCUGCUUUUUAAUUUAAUUCACCACUUUUGGAAUAAAAAUGCAAUCUGAAUGAAGUUUAAAUCAGAAAUGAUCACCAUCCAGGCUUAAUAAACCUAUAUUAAUCUUACAGGUCACAUUUUGUAUUAGGUGUCUUUGGCUACUAUACUUACAUCAAUAAUAAUAAUAAUAAUAAUAAUACAGAUAGAUAUUUGGUACCAUGUACUCAUUAUGUUCAUGUUGUAAUGCAAAACACUUUUGCUUCUAUUGAGAUGGAUACGGUCAAGGUUAGGGACAGGUUUCAUGGUAUGGUUAGGUUUAAGAGUAGGUGUAAGGAAAGGGCCAACAAUGUAAUUCUAAAUGUAAUUAAAGAAAUUAAUUACAGCUGUUAAAUAUAAAAACAUAUGUACACAAUAACGGCAUUGUACCAAAUUAUAAAUUUAAAUGUUAAUACAUAGUAGUUAAAGACACUUAAUCUGAAGUGGGCCCCAUGAUAUUUACUGUAGUCUAUCAUCUUUUUUUCCUAGUUUUUAGUACUGUAAAUGCAAUCAUAACUAGUUACCAUUAUUAGCAAGGACUGGAUUAUGAUACCCUCCCUAAUUUCUGGUCAUUGUUGUUGUAUGUUGUUUGAAUAUUUAAUUGUACAAGAUCAAUUUGUGUAAAUAAUCUUGUCAGUGACCUGUUUUCUAAUGUCUUUUACUCCAUAGUGGCAAAUCAGAAACAAUUCUUUAUGGUUCAGAAUAGCCUGGCAUUUUGCAUUGGAAACUUGAAUGAAUCUGUGUUAUUUGCAUCCCUUAAAUUAAUAAAAAAAUAAUGUUUUCAAUAGAACCCCAAACGUUUUUUUAAUGAUUUAUGAUAAAAGUGUUAUUUAGGAGUAGAUAUAUUGGCAAUAUGUCAGUUCCUCUCCAAAGCAUCUUUUUUUUUUUUCUUUCUAGAGAUUAUUCUGGUGUUACAUAUAUUAAAGUCAACAUGAAAUCUUACUGUACAUGAUUUAUCAGUGCACACUCUGCCUCUUCGACGACUUUUAUUAUUGGCUUUCAAAAUAUGAUUUCAGAAGUAAAAUGAAUGAAUACCA